AUAUAUAGCUGAAGUAAUAGUUUAUUUCAUGUGCAGUCUCACUCAACUUAGAUUUGUUCUAGUGCGCACGAGAUGAAUACUAUUCCCAUUGGAUAUGCUUCCCAACCAAUGAUGGUCUAUAAAUAUUCACUUAUGCUGAGAAGCCGCUCGUGAGCGCCUGUUCAUAUCCUGUGCUUUAAAGCAGUGGCAGCAGAACACAUGAUUAUAUCUCGCAUUAAGUCAAAACAAUCAUAUAUCUAUAGGCUGGUAUUAAAAGUUCAGUUAAAGGUUAUUUUCAGAUUUUCGUUGACCGGUAAUUAUAUAAAAUUAAAGUUGCAAUGACAUCAGCACCAGCACUUGGGUCAAUGUGUAAGUGCCAUCAAUCUGAACUACAUAUCGAUGAUAUAAAUCAGGAAUGGUUGCUUAUGUGGGGAGCAAAAGACCUUAGAGACGCCGGUCAUCUGGUCGAUGUCACUCUGAUUGCGGAGGGUAAAAAGCUUAAGCCUUGUCACAGGGUUGUGCUUGCUGCUAGCUCACCUUACUUUCGAGCUAUGUUUUCAAACAACAUGAUGGAGCAGAACCUUGAUGAGGUAGAGUUACAAAACGUGGAAUUCUCAUCGAUUAAUGCAAUUGUCGACUAUUUAUACACCUCGAAGAUCGUUAUAAAUGAUGAUAAUGUGCAAAGUAUUUUUACGUGUUGCAGUAUGCUUCAGGUACUAGGUUUACAUGGGAAGUGUAAACGUUACAUAAUAAGCAGGCUAUCAAUAUACAACUGCAUUGAUGUAUAUUGCUUUGCAAAGUCGUUGGGAAGCAUCGAACUUCAAAUCGAAAGCUUCAGAUUCAUUGCUUCGAGAUUUUGUGAUUUUGUUAAAACCAAAGAUUUCGUCGAGUUGGAUAAAGAGAGUUUGGUUGAUAUUAUAUCCUCAGAUGACUUACUAGUUGAAAAAGAAGAAACUGUUUACGAAGCAGCUUUGAGAUGGUUGUCACAUGAUGUCCAAAAUCGUAGUUUUAUGAUUAGUGAAAUAUUAUCGUACAUUCGAAUGCCUCUUCUUUGUCACGAUUAUAUGAAUGAAUGCAUUGUGAAGGAAGAUGCGUUAAUGAAUGAACCCCAACUUAAAGAACAAGUACAUGCAACGGCAAUGUACAAAUCCAUAAAAACUAUGUGGGAUCAAAGCGAGAAAAGAAAAUUAAGUACAACAAAAGAAGACGUAAAAUCGAAUUCGUUAACGGAAUCUACAACUGAUUCUAUCGUAACAACCGCAACAGCUGAGGCCAAAACUUCUGUGAAAAACACUGAACAAGUUUUAAGUGAUGAUGAACUACGCUUUCUUGAAUGCCCAUUCUACAAAAUUCGACCAAGAAAUUGCACAAGUGAAGUCCGCAUACCGUUAACUACUCGUCUGAGGUCAGGAAUGAAGACUGAGACAGUUUUAUUAUUUUCUAAUGGAAAAAAUACUUUCCUUUUCGACCCCAUCAAAAACAAGUAUUAUCACGGAGAUUCAAGCUCAAGCGACGCAGCAGGUCUUAAAAGUCGAAGCGAUCGUUUAAUGCCCGUCAUGAAAAAUGCAGAAAUAUUUGCCACACGAAAUGGAACUGUUUACCUACUUGGUGGUCUUGAAAUUGACAAAGAGGGGAGUUCUUCAGCACUUAGGUGCAAGAUGUUUGUUUUUGACUUAAAGCGGCUUCAGUGGUCGCAACGUGCAUCCUACAAGUCACCUCGGUGUAUGAUGGGUAUUGCAGAACUUGCAGGAAGCCUAUUUGUAACAGGAGGAAAACAACUCUCCAUCGGAUGCGGAGUAUCAACAGUUAGUAAAUACAAUUAUGAUGACGAUGUGUGGACAGAUUUUACGCCCAUGCCGUUGCAACUUUAUGGACAUGGAUGCGCAUCGUUAGUCGACCGGAUUUAUAUAUUCGGUGGAAAAACUACUGAAAAAAAACUUUCUACGGAUGUUUACUUUCUCGUUAAUGGAUCGAACGCUUGGUGUCGCGCCCCAUCUUUGAUUGUUCCACGUUUUCUUGCUGGUUGCACUACUUUAAUUUCGGAACAUGGUGGCAAACAAACCGAGACUAUAUAUAUUGUCGGUGGUGUUGGAGAUGUUGGAUUGUUAAAAUCAAUAGAGUGUUACGCUCCAUCUUGUGACGAAGGCUGGAAUAUGUUUGGGGAGUUUCCCAGUGGGAGAUGUGCUCAAACAGUAACAAUUGUCGGUGGAAAAAUAUGCGUUGUUGGUGGUCACACCACUGAAAGAAAUGAAGAUGGGCGAUUCGUGUCACGACCUAAGUUUGACGUAACGCAGUAUGAUGAGACAAAUCAAUUUCCAAAGGGGUCAUCCGAGAACUGGAAAACAAUAGUGUCGUUUAUCCGUGGACUACAAGAUGGUUUGUUUGCAUGCGCACCCCUUAAGGUCGAUACGACGCGUAUAGGUAAAUAAAAAUAUUGGUCUCUAUUUGACAUGUAAGUUGUAUAUUUCUGUAAAUCGCCCUGUUUUGAAAUGAAUACAUUACUUGGAUUAUUUAUUAAUA